UGUGUUGGGCCUUUUGGAUUCGGAUUUGGUAUGACAGCGGGUCUUGUGAUCGGAUAUUACUUCUUCAUCCACAUCGAUCCUAGCGAUGUCACGGAUCCUGGAAUCCAGCCAUUGGUCGAUGAAGAUCCCGAAACAUUAAAGAAGAUGCUUCCAGAGAUACCUUUCUGGGUAAAAAACCCAGACUAUGAACGCGUUGACUGGCUAAACAAGUUUUUGGAAUAUAUGUGGCCAAAUCUUAACAAGGCCAUCUGUACAACUGCGAAGAAUAUUGCCAAACCUAUAAUUGAUGAACAAAUUUCACAAUAUAAAAUUGAUGCUGUUGAGUUUGAGACAUUUACAUUAGGAUCUUUGCCGCCAACUUUCCAAGGUAUGAAAGUUUAUGUCACGGAAGAGGAGGAGUUAAUCAUGGAACCAUUAAUAAAAUGGGCUGCAAAUCCAAAUGUUACUAUUGCCGUAAGAGCAUAUGGAAUGAAAGCAACUGUUCAGGUUAUUGAUUUGCAAGUGUUUGCCAUGCCACGCAUUACCUUGAAGCCACUGGUCCCAAGUUUUCCAUGUUUUGCAAAUAUUUUUGUGUCCUUGAUGGAAAAGCCCCAUGUUGACUUUGGAUUGAAGCUCGUAGGCAUUGAUCUCAUGUCAAUACCUAUUCUCUACAGGGUUGUCCAGGAGAUCAUCAAAUAUCAGGUAGCAAACAUGUAUCUUUGGCCGAAAACUCUGCGAGUAGAAGUUCUGGAUCCGGCAAAAGCUUUUGAUCGACCUGUAGGGAUUCUCCAUGUGAAAGUUAUAAGGGCAAUGCAGCUAAUAAAGAAAGAUCUUUUGGGUUCAUCAGACCCUUAUGUGAAAAUAAAGCUAACAGAGAGUAAGCUUCCAGCUAAAAAAACCACCGUGAAGAUGAAGAAUUUGAACCCAGAAUGGAAUGAGGAGUUCAAUGUAACAGUUAAAGAUCCUCAAACCCAGGUCUUAAAACUUCAGGUUAUUGACUGGGAGAAACUUGGGAAGCAUGACAAAAUGGGUAUGAAUGAGGUUCCAUUGCAAGAUCUAGCCCCGGACGAACCAAAAGUUAUGACCCUUGAACUCCUUAAAAAUAAGGGCGCAGAAGAGUCUGCAAAGGACAAGUCCCGCGGACAGCUUGUGGUGGAACUAACGUAUAAACCCUUCAAAGAAGAAGAAAUACAGAAAACUUUCCAGGAGUCGAGAACAUUGCAGAGGGCUCCUGAUAAUACACCUGAUGGUGGAGGUAUGCUUGUAAUCAUAGUCCAUGAAGCAGAACAUAUUGAAGGGAAGAGCCACACUAAUCCUUAUGUGCGUAUCUUCUUUAGGGGCGAGAAGAGAAAGACUAAGAAAGUAAAGAAAAACAGAGAUCCAAGAUGGGAAGAGGAGUUCAAGUUUAUGUUAGAUGAACCUCCCCAUGGUGAUAAAAUUCAUCUUGAAAUUUGCAGCAGUUCAUCAAGGAUGGGCCUGCGGCUCUCAAAGGAAAGGCUAGGUUUUGUGGAUAUCAAUCUUUCAGACGUUGUUAUCAACAAAAGAAUCAACGAGAGAUACCAUCUCAUAGACUCCAAAAAUGGACGGAUUCAGAUUGAGCUGCAAUGGAGAACUAAAGAGUAAUAUGCUUCUUUUACCUUAAACAUUGUUGAUUUGUUAAUGAAAUGGAACCAUUUCUUAAUGUUUUUCAGA